AAGAAUGAUACAACCAUUUUGCGACAGGUUUGAACCGUUUUACGGCACUAUGUAGUUGCACGUCUGUUCACCGCGUUUCUCCUGGAGCCAUUGUUUUAUAGACCUCCGCAAUUUAAGAAACGUAUAAACAUUAGUUACAUUUGUAACCUUUUCAUGUCAGUCAUGAUCAUCAGGUGCUGUAUUGUAUUAGUUCCUCUGUUUAUGUUGAUGAAUGAAGUGUCUCUGCAGGUCACUGUUGUGGGUUUAAUUGGAGGUUCUGUCGCUUUACCAUGUUCUUUUAAAGAAUCUCAGUUUGCAGUUGAAGGCAUCACAGUGAACUGGAAACACCAUGACACACUGAAAGUGUAUGACAUUAUUAAGGGUCAAGGCUCUGUAGAAGGACAGGAUCCGGCAUUCAAGAGCAGAGCUGAAACCUUCCCUGAUGAGUACGAGAAAGGAAACUUCUCACUCAAACUCAACAAUCUUGAAUACAAUGAUACAGGAAAGUACCAGUGCUACAUCAUAGAGGAAUCAGAUAUUCAGACUGUGGAGCUACUCAUUGAAGUGCCUUUGCAGGUCCCGAUUGAGGAUGUUAUUGGAGGCUCUGCUGUUUUACCUUGUUCUGCUAGAGAACGUAUAUUUACAACUGAAGACAUUACAGUCAAAUGGAGACACAAUAAGACCCUGAAUGUGUUUGACAUUAUUAAGGGUGAAGUUUCAGUGGAAAAACAGGAUUCAUCAUAUAAGAACAGAACUGCAACCUUCCCUGAGGAGUAUCUGAAUGGAAACUUCUCACUCAAACUCAACAACCUUCAACACAAUGAUACGGGAAUCUACAAAUGCUACAUCACAAAUGAAUUAAUAAUUCAAAGUGUGAAACUAGAAAUUAACCAAGGAGCACAAUCAAAACCAGAGAAGAUUUUACUUCUAGUGCCUUUUCUUUGUUUCUAUUCUGCUCUGUGAGUAUUGACAGAAGAAAUUUGUUCCUUUGUGGUUCCUCAACAAAACCUGCUGAGAUCAUCACAGCCUUUGAGAAACAGCUGAAGACAUGUCUGUUAGCGCUGUAGUUAAAGGUGCCCUAGAAUGCUUUUUCACAAGAUGUAAUAUAAGUCUAAGGAUUCCACAGAAUGUGUCUGUGAAGUUUCAGCUCAAAAUACCCCAUA